GGGCCUAUUUGUACUGCAGCAGGUUUCUUCAGCAGGCAUUUUGAAGACCAGCAGUCAUGUUAAAGACCAAGUGAGCGCAUGUCAUUGAGAGAAAAGUGACGGUGGAGAAUGGCUACCGUCACAAGAUCAAGCGCAAGGCGGCUGUUUGUAACGACAUUGGGCCGAUUUGUUGCUGCGACAGCAUCAUCAUGUCUACACCCGCCCACACACCUGUGCUAUAAAAGCACAGACUCUCUGCUUCAGCGGCUUCUCGACCAUCUGCCGCCUCCUCAAUGUUUGUCCUUCUGCUUGUACUCCCGCCCCUACUCGGUGUCGCUCUGGCCUAAUUACGGGAGGAGAGGUUUGCUAGGGAGAUGGGCGGAGGAGGAGGACACAGCAGCCGCGGCAGUGCGGUCAUUGAAAGCCACACCCCGGCGGCCGAGGUUUGGUGUGGCCCUGGAUAUUGACGGCGUGUUACUUAAAGGCAGGCAUCCGAUGCCUGGGGCAGAACGCGCACUGAGGAGGUUGGUACGGUUAACGGCGGAAGCAUCAUCAGGAGAGCGCCACGUGCCUUUUGUUUUCCUGACUAAUGGGGGAGGAGUGACCGAGAGGAUGAAGGCGAUGGAGUUGAGCAAAAUCUUCGGAUUGCAAUUCAACGAGGAACAAGUGAUUCUAGGUCAUACUCCCUUCCGGGAUCUACUUUUGGAAAGGUUCUGUGACAAGAAGGUCCUCGUCUUAGGAAAGCAUCAGCCAAAGUUGGUAAUGAAAGAGUAUGGAUUCCAACAUGUCAUGACAAUCGACGAGCUCGUGGAACGGUACCCCGACAUUGAUCCGUUGUAUUCUCUGUUCUGCCGAGAGGCCAGGCCUGGGGGGGUGGGCGUACCCAGGAACGACGGCUCGAAGUGCACUUUGCAUCCAGCAGAAAGUGCUAGCGUUGAGGAUCAGCACCGACACAUCAGCAGCGUGUUUGUCGUUAGUGACCCAACUAAUUGGGGUCGCGACAUCCAGGUCAUCUGCGACGUUCUUCAAUCAGGAGGCCUGCCAGGUGGCACUCCCGCCUCUGCUGUCGCCGGAGAUAGCAAUUCUAUCUCGGCUUUGGCUGUUCCAAUUAUGCCACCACCAACCCAGCUGCCACUCUACUUCGCGGCAGACGAUUUUGUCUACCAGGCAAAGUUUCCCGCCCCGCGAUUUGGCAUGGGGGCAUUUCGAAUUGCGUUGCAAACAAUUUACGAGCGGUUGGCGGGAAAACGUUUGGAGUACACAUCGUUUGGCAAACCCUAUCCGCCGGCCUUCAGGGCAGCGGAGAGGUCGAUGUUUCUUGUGGUCACUGUGCGGCGAGAUAUUCACAAAACGUAGUUUUUUUCUUCGUUUCGUGUACUGUCCGGCGAGCCCCUAUCUCUAGCUCCCAAAUGUCUGUAAGCUAUUACAGCUU